AUGAAAGUAAGCAAGCAACUUCUCGUUGGGCUCUGGGCAGGCGGCAAAGCGGCUGCUUUCUUCAUCAUGCCCUGUUCAAAACCAGUGGUUAUUGAGCGCGCCGAUCCCAUUGUCAACCCGGGAGCUCUCUCAGGGCAUGUUCAUACCAUCAUGGGUGGUAAUGGCUUCGACUUCAGUAUGACUUAUGAGCAGGCUCGUGCUGCCACUUGCUCAACGUGCAAGGUGACUGCCGAUUUAAGCAACUACUGGACUCCAACCCUCUACUAUCAAGGCCAAGACGGCAAAUUCACUAGUGUUUCCCAGUCCGGAGGCAUGCUUGCCUACUAUUUGUUCCGCCAGGACGCCAAGGAUCCGGAAUACAGCAAAGGGCUCAUCGCUUAUCCCAAGGGCUUUCGAAUGCUAGCGGGCGACCCAAAGCUUCGAAGCUACAACAAUACCCUCGAGCAGCGGGCCAUCUCCUACGUGUGCUUGGGCAACAGCGGCCCUGCAACGAGCGAGCUUCCCAAUCGUAACUGUCCGAAUGGCCUCCGUCUUCAAAUAAUAUUCCCUGCAUGCUGGGACGGUGUCAACCUCGAUUCACCUGACCACAAAAGCCACAUGGCGUACCCGGAUCGCCUUGAUAACGGAAAAUGUCCUACAACUCACCCCAAGAGAUUCGUUACUCUAUUCUACGAAGUGAUAUUUAGCGUCAAUGAUUUCAAGGACAAAUGGUACGGAGAUAAGCAACCGUUUGUGUUGUCUAAUGGGUCAGCAUCUCACCUUCACUUUCGUACAAAAAAAAAUCUGCUUACACUACCUAGUGAUCCGACUGGAUAUGGCUUGCACGGCGAUUUCAUCAAUGGAUGGGACGUCAAUGUACUCCAAUCGGCUAUCACACAAUGCACCGACAACGGUGGUAGCAUCGAGAAAUGCCCUGUUUUCCAGUUUUUUGACGACGAGACCCGAAGGAACUGCCAAGUCCCCGUCAAGGUUGACGAGCAAGUUCAGGGCCAGUUUGAUAAGUUGCCUGGUUGCAACAGCGUUCAACGAGGCCCAGGCAACGCUGUGGCAGAAUCAGGCUGCGGUGCAGCGACCCAGAUCUCGGCACCCAAGUGGGGUUACAAGGACGUGACAAGUACUCUCAAGUACAAAUAUCUGGGCUGUGGCCGUGAUCCGGCUGGACAGACUAGGACGCUCCAGGGCGCCAAGACGUCCGGCGAUAGCAUGACGGUUGAUACAUGUAUCAAGUACUGUGACGGAAAGGGCUUUCAGUAUGCCGGCCUUGAAUAUGCGAAAGAAUGCUGGUGCGGGAACUCGGUAGCUGAUGAUCGGAAGCCCAAAAAGGGGCUCUGGGGAGCUUGCGAUAUGCCCUGUGGGGGUAGCAAGACGGAGAUGUGCGGCGGCUGGGCUGCGAUGUCUCUCUAUCAGAAGUGCAACGGGACUUGCACGAACGCGGAGUUGAUGUGA